AUGAUUCAGAAAUACACAAAUGUGCCGGCUCCAAAGGUACUAGACAUUGCUGUUGUCGCCUCUAGAGGGUAUCUCUUUCGUCAGAAGGAGUACCUGCUUAUGACACAGAUGCCUGGUACGCCGGCUAUCAAUUGUUACGACGAGCUAUCUGACGGCGGAAUGGCUACCUUUGUUAAAGAGAUACAAAGUAUUGUCUCACAAAUUCGGGUUUUGCCCAAGAACGUGGGCGACGGAUACAUGAUUUGCAACUCCAUGGGUGGCCCGAUCCUCGAUCAUCGCAUCCGAGACGCCACGCCGUUUGGGCCUUUCGUAAGCGAAGAUGGCUUCAAUGCGCUGCUGCGCCAUCCGGAUGACUUGGGUCGGGAGGGCCACAAAGCCGUCUUUACUCAUGCCGACUUGAACUUCCGCAACAUACUGAUUGAUGAACGUAGGAACGAAGACGGGACGAUGGGUUGGCAUGUGACGGGCAUAGUGGACUGGGAGACAGCUGGGUUCUACCCCGAGUAUUGGGAGUACACCAAGAUGCUCUUCGAGUCGUUCAGAUAUGAAGAAAGGCUAGAGAGUCAGAUUUACCGGAUAUUCGGGGCAUUUGGAGACUAUUCUAAAGAGGUCGAAGUUGAGAAAAGAAGCUGGGAAGAGGGCGACGCUGUUUGA